AUGAAGGAAUUAGCAUUGUUAGAUAAGAAUGGCCGUCGUGGAGGCAUCUCUUCCGGUGCGGGAAAACGCUACGAUGGAAAUUUUACUUCAAAGGUCUUUUUCGCUUGCUCUGUUGCGGCUUCGGGUGGAUUAAUCUUUGGUUAUGAUCUUGGGAUUUCUGGUGGAGUUACAUCCAUGGAUCCUUUUCUAGAAAAGUUCUUCCCGAAUGUUUAUAGGAAACAAGUAUCUGUCCAACCUUCGGACGAUCAAUACUGUAAGUUUGACAGCCAAAUAUUAACGUUGUUUACAUCUUCGUUAUAUUUGGCUGCUCUUCUCUCAUCCAUGACAGCAUCUCGGAUAACCCGAGGACUUGGGAGGAAGAAGACGAUGAUGUUCGGAGGUUUACUUUUCACCAUCGGCGCCAUUCUCAACGGCUUUGCUAGAAGCGUACCCAUGCUUAUUAUUGGCCGUGUGUUGCUGGGUUUUGGCAUUGGAUUUGCCAAUCAGUCUGUUCCGAUCUACUUAUCUGAGAUAGCUCCCUUCAAAUACCGAGGAGCUUUGAACAUUAUGUUCCAAUUGUCAAUCACCAUUGGUAUAUUAGUUGCCAACUUGUUGAACUACUUCACUGCUAAGAUCGAAGGUGGAUGGGGUUGGCGAGUAAGCUUGGGUGGAGCCGUCGUCCCUGGUUUGAUAUUUUCCAUUGGUUGUCUCUUCCUCUCGGACUCGCCCAACUCGUUGCUCGAACGCAACAAAUUGGUGGAGGCUAAAGAUCUUCUGAGAAAGAUCCGUGGCAUCGAAAAUGUUGAUGAAGAGUUCAAAGAUUUGGCAAAGGCCAGUGAGGCAGCCAAGUUGGUUCAAAGCCCUUGGAGAGAUAUUGUAAGCAGAAAGUACAGGCCUCAGCUCACCUUUGCAAUCUUGAUUCCCUUGUUCCAACAAUUAACCGGGAUGAACGUGUUCGUGUUUUACGCUCCUGUUUUGUUCAAGAGCAUGGGGUUUGGCAACAACGCUUCCCUUAUGUCCGCACUCAUCACUAGCAUCGUUAACUUUUGUGCAACACUUGUUUCCAUUGCCACCGUCGACAAGUACGGAAGGAGGACUCUUUUCCUCUCCGGUGGCCUUCAAAUGUUUCUUUGCCAGCUUGUGAUGACUAUUUCAAUCGCUUCCAAAUUCGGUACGAAUGGGAAUCCGGGUCAACUUCCACUUUGGUUCUCCGUUGUCGUUGUGGUAGCAAUGUGUUUCUACAUAGCCGGUUUUGCAUAUUCAUGGGGUCCUUUGGGCUGGUUGGUUCCUAGUGAGAUAUUCCCACUUGAAAUCCGUCCCGCUGCUCAAAGUAUUACGGUGGCAGUCAACAUGAUCUUCACAUUCGCCAUUGCUCAAGUCUUUACGGCUAUGCUUUGCAACUUGAAGUUCGGACUGUUUAUAUUCUUUGCAUUCUGUGUGGUGGGUAUGAGCAUUUUCAUCUAUAAGUUAUUGCCCGAGACAAAGGGAGUCCCCAUUGAAGAAAUGUUCAUUGUUUGGGAGAACCACCCUUAUUGGGGCAAGCAUGUAGACGACGACAAUGCUUUCCCAAGCCAUGAAAUGGAUGAAAAAGUUUGA